AAUAAGCAUUGCUUUUCCUCUUCAAGAAACCAUGAAUAUUUUCUCUGCAAUUACAGAAUCUAACAGCAAAUUGACUUUUAUCUCUCUUUCCAAUACUAACUGCAGAGCUAAGCAGAAUGAAUCUCAUAUUAUUCUUGAAACAACCUGGAAUGACUGUGGUACGAGACGGGUAAUGAAUGGAGGAAUACAGUACUAUAAUCAGGUGCAAUUUAUUACUGCAAAAUAUGGACCAAACAAAGAUUCCUUUGGUGAGCCAAAACAUUUACCAACAGAUGAUGAUGAUUAUAUUUCAGAAGAUGGUUCAGGCUCUGAUGAUAUAUCUUCCAGUCUUGUAAAAUGGGGUGGAGAUGAACGGUUUAUUUAUCCAAUUCCAUUUCAUUGUAUGCAGAGUGGCAGUAAUCAGAACUUUAAUACAACUGCUGAAAAAUUUGAACUUAGUUUGUUUACUAAGAAGGACUUUCAACAGCCAUUGCCACCCAAAAAAUUUCCUUUAAAUGUUGUUGUUCAUGAUCAUUUAUUUGCUGAGGCCAGCAUCAAAGCAGAUUUUCGGUUGUGCAUUGUUGUAGAUGAAUGUUGGCUAUCAGAAGAAGCAAAACCAACUCUUGCUCUUGGCAGAAAAAGUGUUUUGAUAAAGCAGGGCUGUCCAACUGAUUUGAGUGUUGAUAUUCUUUCCAAAAGUCAUUGUGGAAAUCUUAAUCCUGAUGUUGAUCAUUAUAAAAUGCGAUUCUCCUUCCAACUUAGUGAAGAGUUCAUCAACCAGCAAUUGUUCCUGCAUUGCCGUCUUGCAUCUUGUGCCAUGUGGGAUAGUAGACAGCUAAAUGCUAAGCAGUGUAUUAUAUCUGAAAAUUUUUGUCUGAAACAAAGUCUUCGUCCCUAUUUGGAUUCAUUACGUGGUAAAAAGUACAGUCUAUUGGUUCAAGGACCUAUUCAUGUCAUUUCUAAGUCACGCUUAGAAAAAGAAAAAGCAAUUCUGUCACUUUCUAGUCCGGAAGUAUCCAGUACACCAGAAAGUUUUGCAGUAGACUAUUCUUUUGACAAGUUGACUGGUAAUUCAAAGAAGAAUCCCAUAUCACAAGAGCUUGUUUUUGUUGGACUUUCAACAGAAGCUGUAGUAGGAAUAGCUUUUGCUUCCUUUAUCAUAGGAGCUGGUUUGAUGGCCACAUUGUGGCUAAUUCACAUGCAUACAGAACCUUCUCGGAACUCAAAAGAAUCAAGGAAGCAAUCAAAUAACCAGUCAAAUUUUGAGAAUCCAGAAUGUGCUGAUCGAUCAGUCCCUGUUUCUCUAAAGCCAAUGUCAAUGCAAGUUUGCUCGUAAACUCUGCUCAGUAAUUAAACUGAGUGCAAAGAGUGGCUGUUAUGAAGUUAUAUCACCUUAAGUACAAGAAUUCUCAUUAUUAUGUAUAUCAUAUUUUGUUUUUCCAUCAGUUAUGUAAGAAGUUAUUGUCAUGACACUAUUCCUAUUUUAUAUACCUCAUUAUUUGCAUACCAUAUUCUUUCAUCAUUUUUUUUUAAUUCAUCCUGAGCCCAUUUCGCCAAUAAGUACAAUUUUACACAUUUUAAUAUCACUGUUUUAAAAUUGUGUUUUAUAGAAAAAUAUGUCAUUAAUGAUUGUUUUGUGUUUUCGUAGCAUUUUUUUGUCAUUUCACAUCACUGAAUUCGCCAAUUCAUGUACAAU